GCAAUCUCCACACCCUGAGGGCCGGACCGGACCCCGCGGAGGUUCAUGUGACUCUUAUUUUGAAGGCUGUCUCGCAGCACUCUCGGCCUACUCCCUGUUUAGCAGGGUUGCUUCACUUAGCUCGAUGACGUCUCCGUUAACUCCCGGUAUAAACACGGGUGGUCCGGUGUCCUCCGUUAAUGAGUCUCUUUCAGGCAUCCCAUUGCAGACAAACUGAGCUGUCCGGCAAACGGACGGACUAAACUGGCAGGGACCCACCUAGAGCUGACGGUACUUUUGGCCGAUACAAACAGUUUUUACCGGAGCUACGUAGAUAACGCUCCGGGCCGGAGGACCUAGCGGGCUGCCUGCUGCACUACUGAGCCGAAUUAACGGACACUCCCCCGCCUGAGGUCCGGUGUCCUGACGCGCUCUUUAUUGUGGGUCACACCGGGUAAGAAAACGCCAUGGAGUUCCGGCGGAGCCUCUCCCGGUGCUCCGACAUGGUGAGGUAACCGGAGCGGGACGGGGUUUCCUCGUACACACAUCAGACGGCAACAACCUGUUGCCGGUGACGCAGAGAGGAUGACCGGGCUACCGAGGCUGCUGCUACCGCUUCUGCUGCUGCUCUGCCGCCGUGCUGCGUUCACAGUCUGCAGGUCCCUGAACGCAGCGCAGGAUGGAGUGGUUCAGGACGGACAGACGGACGGUACCGAUAGUCUGACGGUGUCCACGGUGAUAGGUGUGGACAGACAGCGGCGCCACCUGCUGGAGAAAACUCAUCCUUUUGUCCUGGUGGACGGACAGAGACGGAGCCUCGCUGAAGCGCUACAGGACGGACACCCCGACAGGCUGCAGUGUGGACUGGAGGUGGGAGGACGACUGUUCCUGCUGGACCUGGAGAAGAACCACGACCUUCUGCCCAAACCACCCAACGUCUUCUACUACCUCCCCAACGGCACCGGAGUGUCUGUGAAGGCCGAUCCUGUGACUCACUGUUAUUAUCACGGCAGCGUCAGAGGAUUCCCUCAAUCCAGAGUGGCUCUGAGCACCUGCUCUGGACUCCGCGGUGUCAUCGCCCUGAACUCCACGCUGAGCUUCGAGCUGCAACCGCAGGAAGAUGACCACCACGAGGAGGAGGGAGGAGGGGAGAGUGGAGGAAGUGGAGAAGGAGAAGAAGGAGUCCACCUGCUGUUCUCCACCAGUCCACUGGACGGUGCCGGAGGCUGCGGGGUGUCGCACACAGUCAUCCCACCCAUCCACAGCCCAGCGCACACACACAGGACCAAGAGAGACAUCCUGUCUGAGACCAAAUACAUCGAACUGGUGUUGGUGGCCGAUCACCAGGAGUUUUUGAAUUACCAGAAGAACAAUAAGACCAUCAUCUACCGCAUGCUGGACGUGGCCAACCAGGUGGACUGGUUCUACCGUCCUCUGAACGUCCGGGUGGCUCUGACCGGUCUGGAGAUCUGGAGCGACCGCGACAAGAUCCGGGUGGAAAAGAGUCCGAUUGACACCCUCAACAACUUCCUGCAGUGGAGAUCCAGAGACCUGCUGCCACGCCUUCGUCACGACAACGCCCAGCUCGUCAUGGGCGGAUCUUUUGAUGGUACCACAGUGGGAAUGGCGUCCCAGUCGUCCAUGUGCUCCAGAGACAGGUCGGGAGGCGUCAACGUGGACCACCUGGUCAGCGUUUUGGGCGUUGCCUCGACUGUUGCUCAUGAGCUCGGUCACAACCUGGGGAUGAGCCACGACACCGCUGAACGCCGCUGUGCCUGCCAGAACGAGCCGCGGCUCGGGGGAUGCAUCAUGGAACCCUCGACCGGGUUCAUGCCGGGCCAGCAGUUCAGCAGCUGCAGCGCUUCAGAUCUGUCCAUCAGCCUGCUGCACGGUGGCGGUAUGUGUCUGUUCAACGUACCGCAGCCAGAACGCCUGCUGGGAGGACCUCGCUGUGGAAACCUCUACGUGGAGAAAGGAGAGGAGUGUGACUGCGGCCUGCUGGAGGAAUGUGAGGACCCCUGCUGUAACGCCUCCACCUGUCAGCUGGUUCCUGGCGCUCAGUGCUCCUCCGAUGGUAUCUGCUGCCAAGACUGCAAGCUGCGAGCGGCGGGCUCGGUGUGUCGCGAUCCACUUGGAGAGUGCGACCUUCCCGAGUUCUGCACGGGUUCCUCCCCCUACUGCCCACCCAACGUCUUCCUGCAAAACGGACAGCCCUGCGAGGACGGCGCCUCCUACUGCUAUGGAGGAGUCUGUGCCAGCAUGAACACCCAGUGCCAGAUGCUGUGGGGACCCAAUGCCACCAGUGCUCCAGCUGUCUGUUUCUCAUCAGUCAACAAAAAGGGAAACAAAUAUGGAAACUGUGGUCAGCUGUCCAACGGCUCUUAUAUCCCCUGUGCAAACGCGGACGUUCUCUGUGGCAGGAUUCAGUGUCAGGGCGGGAGAGACCGCCCCCUGCUGGGCACCAAUGCUGAGAUCCUCACCACUACCGUCCGCUUGAACCUGGUCUGCAGAGGAACCUUCUUCCACCUGGGCGACGACGUAUCCGAUCCCGCCAUUGUUGCUCAGGGCACCGCCUGCAGCCCCGGCAAGGCUUGCUUAAACCAGAAGUGUCAGGAUGUAUCCGUGUUCGGUGUUGACGAAUGUCGCCAGAAAUGCAACGGUCACGGGGUGUGUAACAGUAAUAAGAACUGCCACUGUGAUGUGGGCUGGGCUCCACCUGACUGCAGGUACUCCGGUCAUGGAGGCAGCAUCGACAGCGGACCGGCCCGAGCUGCUCGAGAGUCGGAUCCGGUUCGUGUCGCCCUGCUCGUCAUCUUCCUCUUCAUCCUGCCGGUGGUCCUCCUCUUCCUCGCUCUUCGUUUCCCUCGAUUCCGGCGGAGUCUCUUCUGUCUGGGACCAAACAGCCCGUUUCACAAAGCUCGACAGCACAGCCGGACUCCAGUGAUGGAACGAGCGGAUGGCAGGAAUGGAGAGCAGGUCCGGCCGCUCAGAUACCACCUGAACCCGCAGUCCGACAUCCCACUGACCCCGCCCCACAAAGAGGUUCAUGACAGACCUGCUCCUCCCACUAAGCCACUCCCCCCUGACCCCGCCCUAAAACCCCCACCACAGUUGGUUAAACAGCGACCAGCUCCCCCCACCAAGCCUCUGCCCCCCGACCCCCCCACCACCCCCUCCAGCCAGCUGCUGGUGAGCCGACCAGCUCCACCCAACAAGCCCCUCCCCCCCGACCCCGUCACACCUGAACAGGUUUCCGUUCCACUCAAACCUAUGGUGCCCAAAAAGCCCCGCCCCCUAGCCCCACCUGCCCACCCCCACAUCCCUCCUCACCCCGGAUACCCCGCCAGCACCAAACCGCCACCGCAGGGUGCCGUCGCACCCGCCAGCGGCCCCAACAGACGUCCUCCUCUUCCUCCGCUUCGACCCGCCUCCCGUCAGAAAGUCGAGUCGUCUCCUCCGCUUUAACCGGACGUUUGUUUGGAUGUUUGGAGGCUGCAGAGACGUUAUCUGAACGCUUUAUUAGCGCUGCUCCGGCGUUCCUUCACUGAAGAGACGAUGAAGAUGAUGAUGACUUCUUACCCGUUUUGCACUCAGUCAUCGGAUUUAUUCCUCCGUGAGGUCGAGCUGUACGUGGCGUAUCUCAGUGCCUUUCCUCGGCAGUGAUCACCUGGACGUCUGGGACUCAAACCUGUUUGUGGCGACGUCACGGUGAAGUGUCAUGUGCCCCAGUGCCUUGCUUCAGGACUCAUAGAGCUAAAGACUAACAAGUAGAAGGGUUCCCAAACUGUGGUCUGAGGCACUCCCUGAGGACGCUCCUCGAAUGUGACAACAAAGACUUUCCUUUUUCACAUGUCAUUUUUUUUUUUUUUUUAGCAAAACAACAGAAUGUGGACAGUUUUCUCACUUUAUCAAACAAGACUGAAUCACCAGGCUGGACUGUUUUUCAGGAGAAAUCAUGGGCUGAGUCUUUUUCUGAUGUUAAAAACACUUAAAGGUUUGAACCGACUGCGGGAGAUAAAUCACAAAGCUAUCAAAUCUACUUUUGUGUUUUCACGGAAAAACUGCUCUGAGAUUUUGACGAUACAGUGGAAAUAUUUUCAGCAAGAAGUCAAGAUUUUAGAAAAUUGUUCAAGAAUAAAGUUGCACUAUUGUCAGUGCACUUCAAGAUAAAGCUCUUAAGUUAGGACCACAAUGUUUAUUACUUCAAAACCUUUAAUACCUUUUGGACCUUUAAGGAAGUCCUUGACAAAUUAAAGCGGCAUAAAGAACACCUGUCUGAUAUUGUCACAAACAUCUGCCUUUGUUGACUGUAUUAUUGUAAUCUUUCGACUUUAUUCUCAAAAUAUUCCAAGUUUUUGCACGCAAUUUUGUAGAUUUAUUCUCAAAAUAUUCUGACUUCAUUUCUAAUAUCACAGAUUCUUGAAAUGUUAAGUCUUCCAAAUGUUACUUAAAACAUCGCUCUUAAUACAUGUAAGACUGAACUACACUGUAAAAAAACACAACUGAAAAAUACAGGAAAAAAACACUGUAAUAUUUAAAAACUGUAAUAGAAGUGAACCUAACAGCAAAUACAGUAUCUGUUAAAGAUAUGUUUGCUGAUUCAAAUACAGUAAAACAAUGCAAAAAAACAAUUUGAUGUUUUUGGUUUAGUUUUGACCAAUCUUUUUCUUUUAUCAUAUAAAUUCCUAUUCUGUACUACUUUGUAGGUUAUUUUUAAAAUUACUCUUUAUAACGUCUGUUUUUUACGGUGCAAUUCUUAAGACGUUCUGACAUUGUUUUCAGAAUAAUACGACUAUCAUUGCAGCAUUGCAGUCUUAUUUUAAAAUUUUUUUAAAACUUUUUUUUCGUCAAAUAUUAGGACUUUAUUCUCAAAAUAUUCAGACUUAAUAUUCAAUCUAUGUCUGGAAAGAAAAAAAAUCUGGAUAUUAUGACUUUACUGCCAGAAUAUCUUUUCUUAACAUAUUACAACUUUGUGCUCAUGCUGUUAGAAUUUUUUUUUAGAAAUGUUAUAAAUUAAUUCUCAUAAUAUUCACUUUUAAUAUCCAAACUCAUUCCAGUAAUGCUUUGACUUUGUUCCUCUGAUGUUGGGACAUUUUUUGAAUUUAUUCUUGAAUAUUGUGACUUUUUGUUCCUUUUUUUCCUGUGAAAAAAUACUUGUUUUCUAGCUCUCCAAAUAUUACUAAUGUUGCAUUUUUCAUCAAAUGUUUUGUGUUCUUAAAACAUUCCAACUUUAUACAUGUAAUAUUGCAAAUUAUUCUUGAAAGUAUACCGACUUCAUGUUCCUUUGCAGUUAUUAUAACUUUAUGCUCAAAAUUGCACUACUUUGAAAAAAAAAAACAAUCGACAACCACAUGCAAUAAUAUUCAGAUUUUAUUUUCUCAUAGAAGUCCUACUUUUUUGUGGAUCUAUUUCGACUUUAUUCUCAAAAUCUCACUUGUUUGUUGCUGCCAGAAUCUCCGAUUGUCUUCUAACUUGUUUGACGCUGCUCAGUGUUUUCUGCCUUUUUUUAAUCCCGAACAAACUUUUCCCACCUUCGAACCUGCUGGAAACCUGCGAUCAUGUCCUUGGCUUCCUGAUGCUGCGAUCUUUUACUGGACUCUGCUGGUGUGAAGCGGACUGAACGCCUUACCUGAAGGAACUCCAGUUGUUCCCGCUGGGAGAAGCCGUGCUGGAUCAGGUUUUUAUUUUUCUAACCCGCCUUGAUAUUUCUAUCGGAGACAGCCGGGAAUGUACGCUGCGAGCUCGUCAGCUGUUUGCUACGCCAAAGAAAAGCUAGAUGAAAAAUGUUGUAAAGAUUUAAACGAUGCUGUAAGAUCUGUGCUGUUGUGUUGAAGGAGCAGUCCACUGUUUUUCUAAAAUCAUUGUAUUUUUCAAAUGUUUGAUGGAUUUAAGGAGAUGUGUUUAAACAUGAACUGUUGACUUUUGUA